CUAUACAGUGGUGAAUUUUUUAGUUUUGUUUAUAGUAUCUAUUAAAGUUAUCUCUAUGAUCUGUUGAUAGUACAUAGAUAUAUAAAAUAUUAUUAAUAUAUUUUUUUAAAUAUUACUCUGUAAUAUAGAAAAAUAAUUAAAAGUUACGUGUGUAAUCACUCCUAUCGUGAUAAUAAAAUUAGACGAUAAAACGUAAAAAUGAGUUUCUUUACCAAAGUAUUUGGUGGUAAAAAGGAGCCAAUUGCUCCUUCAACGGCCGAGGCAAUUCAAAAAUUACGUGAAACGGAGGAUAUGUUGAUAAAAAAGCAAGAUUUUCUUGAAAGUAAAAUUGAACUUGAAAUUCAAACUGCAAAAAAGAAUGGAACCAAGAACAAGAGAGCGGCUAUCCAAGCUCUUAAAAGAAAAAAACGUUAUGAAAAGCAACUACAACAAAUUGAUGGUACUUUAUCGACGAUUGAAAUGCAAAGAGAAGCUCUAGAAAGUGCUAAUACAAAUACAGCAGUUCUUACUACUAUGAAAGGUGCAGCAGAUUCAUUGAAAGCUGCUCAUCAACACAUGGAUGUUGACCAAGUUCAUGAUAUGAUGGACGAUAUUGCUGAACAACAAGAUGUUGCUCGAGAAAUUUCUGAUGCCAUAUCUAAUCCUGUAGCAUUUGGUCAAGACAUAGAUGAGGAAGAACUUGAAAAAGAAUUAGAGGAACUUGAACAGGAACAACUUGAUAAAGAAUUACUUGGUAUUGAAUCUACAGAUGAAUUGCCAGCAGUACCUGCUACGACUGUUCCAGCUGUUCCAACUGCUCCUGCAAGAACUCGUACAAGUAAUGAUUCAUAUGACAAUAAAAAAGCUAAACCAGAGGAAGAUGAGGAUUUAAAGGAAUUAGAAGCAUGGGCAUCGUAAUUAAAUUGAAUUUCUAAAAAAAAAAAUAUUGCCAAUUAUUAAUCUGUACAUUGAUGAUUUUACAGAGUAAUAGCUUCAACAUUUAAUGUCAAUAUCUUGUACCAAUUAAUUUGAAAUUCCUAAAUAUAGUAUUUUAUUUUUUAUGCACAAUUGUUAGAAAGGAGAAAAAAUCUAUCAAAACCAGUUUGCAAAUAUUGAUUCAUAACUUGUAAUUAUAACAUCGAAGCGGAAUGUACUUCAUUCAAUAUCUUAUGGUUUUUUUUAAGAAGAAGUAAAUAUUUAUGAAUGAAUGAUACAUCCAAUAAUUGCUAUAACUAUCUUUCUUAGAAUAAACAAAUUUGUGCUUUAUAUAAAAAUUA